AAAAUUAAAUUUUUGUGCAUUUUAUGUCACCUUUAAAUUAAUUGGCUUCGGCAACCUACUUUUAAACCAUAUUCUUUAUCUGCUGUAUAUAAAAUGACGGAAGUAAAAGAGAACAUUUUUCUUUUCGUACCCAAUAUAAUUGGAUUCGCUCGAGUCAUCUUGGCAGUAAUAUCCUUCUACUUUAUGCCGACGAACUGUAUAUUUGCCUGUACUUGCUACAUUACAUCCGCCUUGCUGGACGCUUUUGAUGGUCACGCUGCCAGGUAUUUCAACCAAAGUACGAAAUUCGGCGCGAUGUUAGACCAGUUGACCGACCGUGCUGGUACAGCUUGCCUCAUGAUGACGCUGGCCGCUUUCUAUCCCAAAUACACAUUCUGGUUGCAGCUCUCACUCACAAUUGACAUAACAUGCCAUUGGUUGUACUUGCACACUAGCACACUUCAAGGAAAAACUUCUCACAAGUUCAUAGACAUGUCUGAGAAUCCUAUAAUGCACUUGUAUUACACUAAUAGAACUGUAUUGUUCUGUAUGUGUGCGGGCAAUGAAGCAUUCUAUGCUGCUCUAUAUGUUAUGUACUUCUACACUGGACCUACAGUUUUUGGGAUCGGUUUAUGGAAACUGAUAGCUUUGGUGUCAGCGCCGGUGGCUAUAGUAAAGGCCGGUAUAUCGGUGCUUCAUGGAAUCGUGGCUUCUCUCAAUUUGGCAACUAUUGACGUCAACGAACGCGCUGCACUCGCUGAAAAGUCGAAGAACUAAUUUCUGUAAGGUUCUAAUUAAUGUAUUACUGAUAUACAACCAGUUUUAACGAGUUCUUCUAAUAUACGUGUAACUCUCCCCCGUACGUGUACACUCUCCUAACAUAUGAGUAUUAAGUGUAUUUGUAAUGGUUAAAGGAUUUUAGUCUUACAAUAUUUUGUGAAGUGUAUGGUUUAUAUCUUCUAUAGGGUAUAUUACACUAGCAUAUAUUAUCAUUAUGUAUGUAAAAUUUGGAGCAAUAAGUACAGUACAGAAAUCAAACAUGAUCUCACUAGAUUGUUUUAAGUUUUGUACAUAUAUGAUAGAUGUUAAUUUAAUUUCUUCAUAAAUGGAUAUAGUUUUAUAUAAUUAUUUGGUAAUGUAAUAAACCCUAUAAAGAAAAUUUAGUAAUUAAUAUACUCGAUUCUAUGUGUCAACUUUUGUGUUUCGUGGCAAACUAAAAUAUAAGUUAACCUCUAGUAGUAGUUAUUAGGAAAACUGUUUGUAUUUCGAAUAUGUGUUUAUAAUCUCGGAUAUCUACCUAUAUUUAUAUAGUUAGUCCAUUUCUCCCCUCGUUAGAAAUUUGGCCCGAACAUGUUUAACAACUGCGACACAUAAUAUCUAUUACCUACGUGUUUCCAGAAUCGCACCAAACUGUUUUAGUUUUUGAAUAAUGCAAAGAACAGGCUGGCUGGUCUUUAUACUUUGAACUGUCCUCGGGCCAGUGCGAAAUAUUUCCUCUCGUCCAAAAACAUUUACAAUGCUUCAGUUGAAUUAUGAAGACUUUUUUUUACAACAUUUGGUAACAAUAAAUAAAUAGGUAUGUUCUCUUGCAUGACAUUAAUAACAAAACCAAGGAAUCUACUGCGAUGUUACGAGUUCGAAGAGUCCUGAGUCUUUCAAAUCCGAACGAUGUUCUAGGCGUUGACGAUUCUCAGUUCUACUUAACCGACUCAAAAACUAGGACUUCUUAAUUCGACUAUAUCGUACAUUACUUUUUGCGUGGUAACGGGAUAUCUUUGUCAAUUGAAUUAAAAACUUAUGUACAUUUAUAAUUGUAAUAUAAUAUACCAAAUUUAAAUUUAUAGGUACUAUUAUGUAUAUUUAUAAUAAAUCGUGUUUUAAACACAUUGCUAUUUCAUAGGUGGUCCUGCCAAUUGGCUAUUGGUUUAUAUUGACUAUAGUCUGCCAAUUAAGUGUAUUCCUGCGGGUGACAAUUGCACGACGGGGUCGAGGAAUCAUAGAUUAUAUGAAGAGUCGAUUUUUUUAAUAAUAUGGUAUGAUGUAACGGCGUGUCCUAACUGUAUAUUUGAUGACGGGACAUCAGUGGUUGGCAGUAGGAUUAACAUGAAAUUUGGUCAGUUAUCCCAUCACGGAGGACGACCUAACAUGGUACAUAGCUAGCAGUAUCGUUACGUGAUUAUACUUUGCGAAUGAGGCUAACGAAGUAUUAGAAUCUCAGCAUUUGUCAUAGAGUUAGGCUAAACCAUCCUCAAAUAUCAAUAGCGUGAUGUAUACUGAAUGAGCAUGUUUGCUAUGCGUAGCAAUAAAUAUAUGUUGGUUACUCCAUCAAUCUUGCAUUUUUUAAAACCUUUUAUUACUAUAUAUAUGUAGUUUUUGGCAUAUAUAUAUGGCAAAAACUAUAUCAUUAUCUAAUAGCUCUUUAAAUAAUGAAAUAAUUUGUCAAUUAUACUAAAAAUAUGAUAGUUUCCUAUAUGUAAGCUUUUUU